AUGGCGUCGGGAGAAUAUGACAGUGAUGAUUCUGAAAACGAAAUUUCACAAAGACACGGCGACUUACCUCAGGGUUUUGAAAAGGAUUUAAUGGAAUUUUAUUUUACUAAAGGCUUUACGUACAAGCACAUUACUUUAAUGCCUGAAAAACAUCAUAAUAUUGACAUGAAUGAACGAACUUUAAAGCGUAGGCUAAAAGACUAUGGCUGUUCAAGAUGUGGCAAAGUGGAUAACGAAUUAGAGACACAAGUAAGAAAUAUUAUUGUGGACGAAAUCGGUAAUGGCCCGGAUAGCCUUGAUGGCUAUAGAAUCAUGUGGCACAUAUUACGUAUUAGACAUCAUAUCAACAUUCCUCGACGUCUCGUGGCAAGAAUCCUCAGAGAAGUAGACCCGCAAGGCGUAGAGCAAAGAAAGCGCAGGUGUUUAAAACGUAGAACUUAUGUUUCACCAGGUCCCAAUUUUUGCUGGCACAUUGAUGGCUACGACAAGUUGAAGCCAUUUGGCUUCUCUAUACACGGCUGUGUCGAUGGAUUUAGCAGAAGAAUACUUUGGCUUGAGGUACAAAGAUCGAAUAAGAAUCCAAGAUCUGUAGCACAGUAUUUUUUAAAGUAUGUACAAGCAGCGAGGGGAUGCCCAACAUGUGUGUAUAUUGAUCCUGCAUGGCACUGAAAACGGACUAAUUGCUGGAAUGCAAUGUUAUUUGCGAGCUGAAGGAUUAGAUGAGUAUGCGGGGUCAGAGUCUCAUAAAUAUGUAUCUAGCACUCGAAAUCAAAUAAUUGAAUGCCAGUGGUCUCACUUCAGAAGAUAACGUUCAAGUUGGUGGAUCGAUUUCUUCCAUGACCUCAACGAAUCUGCUAUUCUUGACCUCACCAGUGAGAUACACAUGGAAGCAUUGUGGUUUGGUUUUGCAGACCAACUCCAGACAGAUCUUGAUAACGUUAAAGAGUACUGGAACUCCCACAACAUCAGGAAGUCUAGCCAUGCCACAGUCUCGGGGGGUCCCGGACAUGAUGUUUUUUUGCCUGAAGAGUUUGGACACCAUGAUUGUUUGCGUCCAGUGUCUUUGGAAAAAAUGGGAGAGCUAAAGAACAGGCUAGAAGGUGGUGAUGAGGAGGAAGAUGAAAGAAACAUUUCAAUUUUUGAAGAGUACUUUCACUAUGUCAUGGAAAGCAAUAGCUUGAAUCAUCCAUUAACUAUUACAGAAGCAGGAGUUCUGUUUGAGAAGCUAGUUCAGUUCGCCUGUUCCAAUUAA